CACAGCGGCCACCACCACACCGCACCCGUGCAGCCCCACGGGAGCCAGGUGGUGCAGAGCCACGCUCACCCCACCCCACCAGCCGUGCCCGUGCAGGGGCAGCAGCAGUUCCAGCGCCUCAAGGUGGAGGAUGCGCUGUCUUACCUUGACCAGGUGAAGCUGCAGUUUGGUAGCCAGCCACAGGUCUACAAUGACUUCUUGGAUAUUAUGAAGGAAUUUAAAUCUCAAAGUAUUGACACUCCGGGAGUGAUCAGCCGUGUAUCGCAGCUCUUCAAGGGCCACCCAGACUUGAUCAUGGGUUUCAACACCUUCUUGCCACCUGGUUACAAGAUUGAGGUGCAGACGAAUGAUAUGGUGAAUGUGACAACACCAGGGCAGGUUCACCAGAUCCCCACACAUGGCUUGCAGCCUCAGCCCCAGCCGCAGCCGCAGCAUCAGUCACAGCCUUCAGCGCAAUCAACCCCGACACCAGCACAGCCAGCUCCACAGCCGCCUCCUGCCAAAAUCAGUAAGCCAUCACAGUUGCAGGCACAUACCCCUGCCAGCCAGCAGACUCCCCCAAUUCCACCAUACGCAUCACCACGCUCACCACCAGUCCAACCUCACACGCCUGUGACAAUCUCUCUGGGAACCACCCCAUCCCUGCAGAACAAUCAGCCCGUUGAGUUUAAUCAUGCCAUCAACUAUGUCAACAAGAUCAAGAAUCGGUUCCAGGGCCAGCCAGACAUCUACAAAGCCUUCCUGGAGAUCCUGCACACGUAUCAGAAGGAGCAGCGCAAUGCCAAGGAGGCAGGAGGUAACUACACGCCAGCGCUGACGGAGCAGGAGGUGUACGCGCAGGUGGCUCGCCUCUUCAAGAACCAGGAGGAUUUGCUCUCAGAGUUCGGGCAGUUCCUGCCUGAUGCCAACAGCUCUGUGCUGUUGAGUAAGACAACUGCGGAGAAAGUGGAAUCAGUAAGAAAUGAUCAUGGUGGCACGGUGAAGAAGCCACAGCUCAACAACAAACAGCAAAGACCCAACCAGAAUGGCUGUCAGAUCCGACGGCACUCGGGAACUGGAGCUACCCCUCCGGUGAAGAAGAAACCGAAGCUGCUUGGUUUAAAAGACCAGUCGUUGGCAGAAGCCAGCAAACAUGGUGUGGGGACAGAAUCUCUCUUCUUCGAGAAGGUCCGCAAAGCUCUGCGGAGCACAGAAGCAUACGAGAACUUCCUGCGCUGCCUGGUUAUUUUCAACCAGGAAGUCAUCUCCCGGGCUGAACUCGUGCAGCUUGUCUCUCCCUUUCUGGGGAAAUUCCCAGAAUUGUUCACUUGGUUUAAAAACUUUCUGGGGUAUAAAGAGUCUGUUCACAUGGAGACGUAUCCAAAGGAGCGGGCUACUGAGGGGAUUGCCAUGGAGAUAGACUAUGCCUCCUGUAAAAGACUGGGCUCCAGCUACCGAGCCUUACCCAAGAGCUACCAGCAACCCAAGUGCACGGGGCGGACUCCACUGUGUAAAGAGAGGACUGACCAUUGCUCUUGUUUCCCCCUGUCUUCCUCAAAGGUUUUGAAUGACACUUGGGUCUCUUUCCCAUCCUGGUCUGAAGACUCCACAUUUGUGAGCUCCAAGAAGACACAAUAUGAAGAGCACAUCUACAGGUGUGAGGAUGAGCGUUUCGAGCUGGAUGUUGUCUUGGAGACCAACCUGGCAACGAUCCGUGUCCUUGAGGCAAUCCAAAAGAAACUCUCGCGCUUGUCUGCCGAGGAGCAGGCUAAAUUCCGGCUGGACAACACCCUGGGUGGCACCUCGGAGGUGAUCCACCGCAAGGCUCUCCAGAGGAUAUAUGCUGACAAAGCAGCUGACAUCAUUGAUGGGCUUCGGAAGAACCCAUCCGUGGCUGUUCCCAUCGUACUGAAAAGGUUAAAGAUGAAAGAGGAAGAGUGGCGAGAAGCCCAGAGAGGGUUUAAUAAAGUCUGGCGGGAGCAGAAUGAGAAGUAUUACCUGAAAUCCUUGGACCACCAGGGCAUCAACUUCAAGCAGAAUGAUACCAAGGUCCUGAGGUCAAAGAGUCUCCUCAAUGAGAUUGAAAGCAUCUAUGAUGAGAGGCAAGAGCAGGCUUCAGAAGACAAUGCUGGAGUCCCCACAGGCCCACACCUAUCACUAGCCUAUGAAGACAAGCAGAUCCUGGAAGACGCUGCUUCUCUCAUCAUCCACCAUGUGAAGCGGCAGACGGGAAUCCAGAAAGAGGACAAGUACAAAAUCAAGCAGAUCAUGUAUCACUUCAUUCCAGACCUGCUGUUUGCUCAGCGAGGUGAACUCUCAGAUGUGGAAGAGGAGGAAGAAGAGGAAAUGGAUGUGGAUGAAGCUACUGGGGCUGCAAAAAAGCACAACGGUGUUGGGGGCAGUCCUCCCAAAACUAAGCUGAUGUUCAACAACACGACGGCCCAGAAGCUGCGGGGCAUGGAUGAGGUCUACAACCUCUUCUAUGUGAACAGCAACUGGUACAUAUUCAUGCGGCUGCAUCAGAUCCUGUGCUUGAGGCUGCUGAGGAUCUGCACCCAGGCCGAGCGGCAGAUCGAAGAGGAGACGCGGGAAAGGGAGUGGGAGAGGGAAGUGCUGGGCAUAAAGCGAGACAAGAGUGACAGUCCUGCCAUCCAGCUGCGACUGAAGGAGCCGAUGGACAUCGAUGUGGAGGAUUAUUACCCAGCCUUCCUGGACAUGGUGCGCAACCUCCUGGAUGGGAACAUGGACUCGUCGCAGUACGAGGACUCCUUGCGUGAGAUGUUCACCAUCCACGCCUACAUCGCCUUCACCAUGGACAAGCUGAUCCAGAGCAUUGUUCGACAGCUCCAGCACAUAGUGAGCGAUGAGAUCUGUGUGCAGGUAACAGACCUCUACCUGUCAGAGAACAACAACGGAGCAACAGGAGGGCUUCUCGCUUCCCAGUCUUCUCGUAGCCUUCUGGAGGCCGCCUACCAGCGCAAAGCGGAGCAGCUCAUGUCGGAGGAGAACUGCUUCAAGCUGAUGUUCAUUCAGAGCAGAGGUCAAGUUCAGUUAACCAUUGAACUGCUGGAUACAGAAGAGGAGAACUCUGAUGACCCUGUAGAAGCAGAGCGCUGGUCAGACUACGUGGAGCGGUACGUCAACUCGGAUUCUACCUCCCCUGAGCUCCGGGAGCACCUGGCCCAGAAACCAGUCUUCCUGCCGAGGAAUCUCAGGCGGAUCCGUAAGUGUCAGCGCGGUCGGGAGCAGCAGGAGAAGGAAGGGAAGGAGGGAAACAGUAAGAAGUCCAUGGAGAACGUGGAGAGCUUGGACAAGCUGGAGUGUAAAUUCAAACUGAACUCCUAUAAGAUGGUGUACGUGAUCAAAUCGGAGGAUUACAUGUACAGGAGGACCGCUCUGCUGCGAGCUCAGCAGUCCCACGAAAGAGUGAGCAAGCGGCUGCACCAGCGGUUCCAGGCCUGGGUGGACAAAUGGACCAAGGAGCACGUGCCCCGUAAAAGGGCAGCCGAGACAAACAAAUGGCUCAUGGGCGAAGGGUUGGAGGGGCUGGUGCCCUGCACCACCACGUGUGACACAGAGACCCUGCACUUUGUGAGCAUUAACAAGUACCGCGUCAAAUACGGCACGAUAUUCAAGACACCCUAA